AAAUCAUUUGUUUUUUAAAUGUUCUACCUAAUACUUACUAAUUAAUUCCUUAAGCAACCACCGAAAGCACCAAACCAAACCCGAGCCUAGAAUUUGAGUUGCCGGCAAGUGGAGAUUGCUUUCUGCUGCUUCCUCUUCGAUCUGAAACAGUAAAGGUUUAUAUAAAUGGCAGACUCCGAGGAGAUUCCGCCCCUUGUUUUUGACAUUGGAUCUGGAAUGGUGAAGGCAGGGUUUGCCGGGGAUGAUAGUCCUAGGACGGUGUUCCCUAGUAUUGUGGGUAGGCUGCGACACACUAGUGCUAUGAUGGGCAUGGGUCAGAGGAAUGCUUAUGUAGGAGAUGAAGCCAUGUCGAAAAUUGGUAUUUUGACUGUGAAAUACCCAAUUGAGCGUGGUAUUGCCAGCAACUGGGACGAUAUGGAAAAGAUUUUGCAUCACACUUACUAUGGGGAGCUUCGUGUUGCUCCUGAAGCGCACCCUGUGCUUCUUACGGAGGUACCAUUAAAUCUCAAGUCAAACAGAGAGAAGAUGACUGAAGCCAUGUUUGAGACCUUCAAUGUUCCCGCCAUGUACAUUUCAAUCGCGGGUGUGCUUUCAAUGCACGCAAGUGGUCUUACAACUGGUAUCGUGUUGGAUUCCGGGGACGGAGUGUCUUACACGAUCCCAAUUUAUAAAGGGUAUGCAAUUCCUCACGCCAUCCUCCGUCUUUAUCUCGCUGGCAGUGACCUUACAGAUCACCUAAUGGGAAUUAUGAAUGAAAGAGGCUACUUGUUCACCACAAGCACUGAACGAGAACUUAUCCGAGACCUGAAAGAAAAGCUCACAUAUGUGGCUCUUGACUACAACCAAGAACUCGAAGCUGCAAAAAGUAGCGCUUCUAUUGAAAAGAAGUAUGAGUUGCCCGACGGGCGGUUUAUCACGAUUGGGGCAGAGAGAUUCCGCUGCCCAGAGGUUCUGUUCCAGCCUAAUGUUAUUGGAAUGGAAGCUACUGGUAUUCAUGAGAUGACCUACAACUCUGUCAUUAAGUGUGAUAUUGAUCUAAGGAGGCAUCUUUUUGGACAUAUUCUGCUUAGUGGUGGGUCAACGAUACUCCCAGGCUUUGCUGACCGGAUGACCAAGGAAAUCACUGCCCUUGCCCCUAGCAGCAUAAAGAUCAAUGUGGUUGCACCACCUGCAAGGAAAUACAGUGUGUGGAUAGGAGGAUCAAUGCUUGCAUCUCUCAGCACCUUCCAACAGAUGUGUAUUUCCAAGGCUGAGUAUGACGAAUCUGGUCAAUCUAUUGUCCACAGGAAGUGCUUCUGAGUAGUAUAAGAAAAGCAGAUAUUAACAUGUGGAGUUGUCUAUUUUUUAUGAGAGGCAUGGUGAUCAGAAAAGCAUUCACAUCUCUUGCAUGGGCCACAAAUAGAGAGGGAGCUUCUUUCCUAUCUUGUUGCAUCUUUUGGGUGGGACAAAAAUUGAUUUUUUUUCGUCUAAUUGACAUCAUUCUAGUCUCCGGUUCAGUUGCAUAAAAAAACAUAUAAUUACAAAGUGGUUUUUCAUGACACUAACUUAUUAAUUUGUGAUAAACGGAAAGGAUUCUUGACGGAGGUGUACAAAUCAAGUUGUAUCUUAUAUUCUCCAUUUCAAGCUAACAUGCUUUAUGGUCAAGUUUCUACAUGUUUGUUUUAAUAAGGAACUGGGAAUCCAAAUGUUUGUUCUGAU